AUGAUUACGUUAACAGAAGAUAUAGGAAAGCUAUUUAAUGAAGUACAACAUGAGAUCGCACAAAAUGUUCGUCAAAUGAUGGAAGAACUGUGGCUUAAUUGGUCUCAUUUGGGUGUAGAUGAUUCCAAGAAAAUUAACAAUAUUACCAAACUUGUACAGAUAGAGAAAGAAUUGCACCGUGAGGUUAUCUCAGAGACUCGGCAAAAGCUCAAAAUUAUGCAAAGUCAAGUUGACAAAUUGAAAGAAGAAACUGAAGAACUUAGCAGAUGCUUAUCAAUUGAUAUAUCUAUCCUUGAUUACAAGACAGACAUGAUGUUAGUAGAGUAUAAAAGAGAAUUGGAAAAUCAAAUUGCUGGGUAUAGGGAACAAGUAGAGCAACGCCGCAUGAAAAUGGAAAGGCUGCUUGAAUGGCAGCGUGAUUUAGCAGAGAAACUUGGUGUUACUAUACAAGAGUUGCAAGAAAUUCCACUGCCAUCUGAAGAGGAAUUGGAUAAGUUGAAGGAUCACCUUGAAGUACUGCAGGCAGAAAGAGAUAAGAGAGCUGAAAUAUUCCUAAACACACAGGUUGAAAUUAAAGACAUAAUGGAAAAACUGCAAAUCAAGCCUCAAAAUAAAUUUGAACAUUUAGUGGUGACAUCUCUGUCUGUUGACUUCAAGGUUACUGAUCUAAACAUGGACCGUCUUGCUAAACUACAGCAAGACUUGCAGGAGAAAUAUCAACAAACUAAUAAUAGGGUACUCGAGUUACGUGAGCGCCUCAUGAAACUCUGGGAUUGUCUUGAAGAAGAUCACAUCUACAGAGAAAACUUUUUACAAGCUCAUCCUGGCUGCAAUCCCCAUACAGAGAAUGCUAUUAAAGAAGAGAUAAGGAGGUGUGAUCAGAUUAAACGGCAAAAGAUACAGGUCUUUGUAGCAAAUGUCCGCACCAAAAUCAAAUUAAUGUGGGACAACAUAAUGUACUCAACUCAGGAGCGUGAGGAAUUUGUCCACUAUUUCCAAGACAUAUUCACUGAAGAUACACUCACAUUGCAUGAACUAUAUUUGGAGAAGAUUACCAAAUUCUACAAUGAGCACAAGAACAUCUUUGAGAUGGUGGUGACCCGUAAAAACCUCUGGUUGAAGAUGACAGAAUUGGAGGCGCGAGCGACGGAGCCGGGCCGCUACCAGAAUAGAGGCGGCCAGUUACUUCGCGAGGAGAGGGAAAGAAAAGCCAUAGCCAGCAAUCUUCCGAAAAUCGAGGCUCAAAUACGAGAUUUGGUGACUGAAUAUGAAGCAAGAACUGGUAACACAUUUACUGUUGAUGGUAAGCCAUUAUUGGAGCUCAUGCAGGAAGAUUGGGAAAUUAGAAAGACGGAACGACACAAUAAGCUGUCUGCACGGAAACAAGCUCUGACCCCGACAACCCCGUUGUUUCGUUCCUUAGCCACUUCCCCAGGCAAACGAAAUCGCACUGCAGCCGGCCUAACAGCAACAGUCGACAGGAAUAGGCCACCAGCAAAGCGGCCACUGAUCACAGGCAGUGCCACCAAAGCGGUCACCUCGCUGGCCACUAACCUGUCAGCGCUAAAGAGAUCAGCUAUUUCUACCGUCAAAAGACGUAUCAGUGGUCGCCUAGCUGCGAGGGCUGUUGUAGAGGGUAAAGGUGAUCACGCAAAGAGAAAGCUGGACUAUGGGGGCGAAUUGAAAAAGACACCAAAAGCUACUGUUAACGGCAGCAUACUUAAGCAUAAACGAACGUCUCAGGGUCGGAGGCGUAGCGCUGGUCGGCGCUCAAUGAAUGCCACUCGAUCAACUGCUGGCUCUCAUGAAGAUGCACCACCUAAGGACCCACUCAUGGAGACCACACUCCUCACCACAUAUACCGACUUCAAGGACGGCAUCAACGAAAAGCAGAUCAGCCGCAGUUCAAUGGCCACCAAGGGCCACGAGGUGAACAUACCCACUAUAGUCUGCCCGACCAUCCAGGAGAGGGCCACGCCCACGGACACCCCAAAAAAAACUCCGAGGACGAAAGCGCCCCUCACCCCUAAGAUCGGCAAGGAGAACAUUCAGCACGCCAACAACGCAAUGACGCCGAAGGGCAACUUGCUUCAGACCCCCAAAAGGCUAACCCGGUCUGCGCUCAAGUUGAACAACGACGGCUUCCUCACCCCCCGCACGCCCCUCAGCGCGAACAAAGUGAACCUGCAGAGGCAGAACACCGCCGCUACCUUUGCCCUAAAAACUACACCGAACAACGUCAGCAGAUCGAAGUCCCAUUCGCAUUUGGUGCGCGCCAAAAACCUACCGCCGCUGAUA